AGAUACUGAUCACCUGGCAACACUGACCCCAGAUGACAGACCGGACUCGACAUCAUCGUAGAACGUCACGGUGACAGACGUUUGACAUACAGUAAGACACACACUAUCUACACGACACGAAACGAUAACAAAUUGAUUGUAAAACACGUACUAUUGAAUUCAUACCACACGUGGCAAACGAAGAAUUAGUUAAUUGAAUUAUACACAUAUUUUGCCCAUUAUACAAAAAUUUCACUUUGACAGUGACAAAGUUGCAGGACAAGUUUGACACGGACAGUAUAUUACAAAAGGGACUUAGAAUUGUAAGUAAACUAGACAAUAAUACGACUGUUCACGACACUAAAUGAAACUUAAUUAUAGCUUAAAGCAUUCUCCACCUAAUUCGAGUUUGCUGUACAGAGAGUCCGAAGUUCCGUGUCCGUAACUGACCGCAACAAACUUUAAGAAUUCUAAACCUCGGUGGACGAUAUUUUCCCCCGAGCGGAGGUUAGAAAAGCCUCAGUGCGACAAAUUCCGCCCUGCGAUGACUUCGUCGACCCGACGGCAAAGUGUAGUGCGGCAGUUGGCCGACGGCGAAAGCAGUUUCGAAUGCCCACUUUGCACACGACCGAAUGUCGCAGACAAGUGGAUGGUCCAGUGCGACGUUUGUGCAUGCUGGAUCCACUUUUCGUGUGCCGGUGUCGACGACACAAUCAGCAACAAACCCUAUACCUGUGUGAGAUGUGCCCCUCCACCACCACCGGCCGGAUCGAGAUCGUGCAGAUCAUCGACAUCCAGCGUUCGUACCGCCCGGCGAGAGCUAGAGCUGCAGCGCCUAGCCGAGGAGAAGGCCCUCCAAGAAAGGUUACUGAAGGAGCGUCAGGAGGAAGAAGAAGCAAUGCAAAGGAAGAUGAUGGAGCAGGAACAGGAACGGAGGAAAAAGGCGAUGCAGGAGAAGCUUGAGUUGGAGAAGCAGUUCAUCGAACGAAAAUUCGACCUUUUGCGGGCCGAAUUAGAUGAGGAUGACGACGAUCGGAGUGUACGAAGCCGCCGAAGCACCCGGAGCGUUCAACGCACAGUCCAGACUUGGGUGAGUGAACAGGAGAAGUUGACCAUGGCCACCGGUACCGGAGUUGAGACGAUUCCCACUGGUCCCACGUCAAACACCGGAACCUUGCCCAAAACGACAUCUGCCGCGAUACAUGAUGCUGGUCAAGCCGUAAACACAUCCCAAGUCGGUCUUCCAGCUGCAACGACCAUCGAUUUGACAGCUUUGAACAUUUCCCCUCCUUCUUCCCGCCUGAAGGACCAACUCUCGUCGGUGAACAUGAUCAUUUCUCCUCCGGCACAGUCUACCAACCAGAGAAACAGUUUGGCAGCUUGUUUGCCGCAGCAGGUAGGUCAGCACCAGCAACAAAAGCAUGCUGGUCAGCAUCAACCACGACAGCAUCGCGAGUCUAGCGCCUUCGUCGAUACAACCGAUACGGUAACUUUAGCUAGUAAGACACUGAGCCAAGGUAUGUUUUUCGAUACUGCUCCGCUAAUUACUAAUCAAUCCCAAACGAGCUUUAUUACCACACCGCAACCAACAACCGGGGAACACUUUGGUAGACUAACUCGCCCCUCACACGUAGAAACUAUUCCCGAAAAUCCAGCUCAAAAGAAAUUGCUGUAUCAGCCUUUUGUAGAAAACACUUCAAACACAUUAGGAACACUCACUGCACCAUUGGUCCCUGUUUUUCCCUCAACACACCAACGCGUUACGAGUGUUUCUAGCUACUCGCAUCCAAUCACUACACCGGUGGUUUUCGAUAGAGUAGUGCAAAGUCAAAAUGUGUCAAGUGUUACGCAAAGUGCUAGUGUUCCAAGUGUCGUUCAGCCACCAUUCGCCGGGGUAGCGGGUAUCCACCCGAACGCUGCGAAUCCAACAGCUUCGUUCCUGGUUUCGCAUCCUCCGCCGAACAUGGCGCAGUUCGAGAUGCCAUCGAUGGGCAUUCAACCACCGUUGCCGCCAUUAGCACCGGUAGAUGGACCGACAGCUCAGCAGAUCGCAGCUCGGCACGUUGUUCCAAAGGAUUUGUCGGUAUUUUCUGGCGACCCAUCAGAGUGGCCACUUUUCGCCAGCAGUUACUACAACUCCACGGCCAUGUGUGGCUAUACGGACGGCGAAAAUUUGAUGAGGCUACAGCGCAGUCUCAAAGGGAACGCCAGAGAAGCUGUUCAUUGCCAUCUCCUCCACCCUGCGUCGGUUCCGCAGAUAAUGAUGACGUUACAAACUCUCUUCGGACGUCCGGAGCUCAUCGUACGCUGCCUGUUGAAUAAGGUUCAAUCGACACCAGCACCGAAGGCAGACAAGCUGGAGACCCUAAUUAGUUUUGGACUUGCCGUUCAAAAUCUGUGCAGCCACCUGCAGUCAAUGGGGAUGGAGGCGCACCUGUCGAAUCCCACUCUUCUUCAGGAACUGGUUGAUAAGCUCCCUACGAACUUGAAACUGGAUUGGGCCCUGCAUCAGCGUCAUCUGCCAACAGUAGACCUGCGCUCGUUCGGCAACUACAUGUCAACGAUCGUUUUGCCGCGUCGAAAGUUUAUGUUGGAUCAGAACCAGUGGGAAAGUUCGAAAAGCCAAAGGGGAAGGAGAAAGGUUUUCUGAAUACCCA